AUGGAGCCUGGUGGUGACGCGGCGCGUCUUGGCCUGGGGCCGGCAGCCCAGGCGCUGCCACCUCAGCUGCUGCUGCUGCCGCUGCUGCCGCUGCUGCUGGGUCGGGGGCUGCGUGUUGCGGCCGCGGCCUCCUCUUCCUCUGGGGCGGCGGCUGAGGACAGCAGCGCCAUGGAGGAGCUCGCCACUGAGAAGGAGGCGGAGGAGAGCCAUAGGCAAGACAGCGUGAGCCUGCUCACCUUCAUCCUGCUGCUCACGCUCACUAUCCUCACCAUCUGGCUCUUCAAGCACCGCCGUGUGCGCUUCCUGCAUGAGACCGGGCUGGCCAUGAUCUAUGGGCUCAUCGUCGGGGUGAUCCUGAGGUAUGGCACCCCUGCCACCAGUGGCCACGACAAGUCACUCAGCUGCACUCAGGAAGACAGGGCCUUCAGCACAUUAUUAGUCAAUGUCAGUGGGAAGUUCUUUGAAUACACCCUGAAAGGAGAAAUCAGCCCUGGCAAGAUCAACAGUGUAGAGCAGAAUGACAUGCUGAGGAAGGUAACUUUUGAUCCAGAGGUCUUUUUUAACAUUCUGCUGCCUCCAAUUAUUUUCCAUGCUGGAUACAGUUUGAAGAAGAGACACUUUUUCAGAAAUCUUGGGUCUAUUCUGGCCUAUGCCUUUUUGGGGACUGCUGUUUCCUGCUUCAUUAUCGGAAAUCUCAUGUAUGGUGUGGUGAAACUCAUGAAGAUAGUGGGACAGCUCUCAGAUAAAUUUUACUAUACGGAUUGUCUCUUUUUUGGAGCAAUUAUCUCUGCCACUGACCCAGUGACUGUACUGGCGAUAUUUAAUGAGUUACAUGCAGACGUGGACCUUUAUGCACUUCUGUUUGGAGAAAGUGUGCUAAAUGAUGCUGUUGCCAUUGUGCUGUCCUCGUCUAUUGUUGCUUACCAGCCAGCAGGACUGAACACGCAUGCCUUUGAUGCUGCUGCCUUUUUUAAGUCAGUUGGCAUUUUUCUAGGUAUAUUUAGUGGCUCUUUUACCAUGGGAGCUGUGACUGGUGUUGUGACCGCUCUGGUGACCAAAUUUACCAAGCUGCACUGCUUCCCCCUGCUGGAGACAGCACUCUUUUUCCUGAUGUCCUGGAGUACGUUCCUCUUGGCAGAAGCCUGUGGGUUUACAGGUGUUGUAGCUGUCCUUUUCUGUGGAAUCACACAAGCUCAUUACACCUACAACAAUUUGUCGGUAGAAUCAAGAAGUCGAACAAAGCAGCUCUUUGAGGUGUUACACUUUUUGGCAGAAAACUUUAUCUUCUCCUACAUGGGCCUGGCACUGUUUACCUUCCAGAAACACGUUUUCAGCCCCAUUUUCAUCAUUGGAGCUUUUGUUGCUAUCUUCUUGGGCAGAGCUGCACAUAUCUACCCGCUCUCCUUCUUCCUCAACUUGGGCAGAAGGCAUAAGAUUGGCUGGAAUUUCCAACACAUGAUGAUGUUUUCAGGCCUCAGGGGAGCAAUGGCAUUUGCACUGGCCAUCCGAGACACGGCAUCCUAUGCUCGCCAGAUGAUGUUCACGACUACUCUCCUCAUUGUCUUCUUCACUGUCUGGAUCGUUGGUGGAGGCACAACGCCCAUGUUGUCAUGGCUUAAUAUAAGAGUUGGUGUUGACCCAGAUCAAGACCCACCACCCAACAAUGACAGCUUUCAAGUCUUACAGGGGGAUGGUCCAGAUUCUACUGGAGGAAACCGGACAAAGCAGGAGAGUGCAUGGCUAUUCAGGCUGUGGUACAGCUUUGAUCACAAUUACUUGAAGCCCAUCCUUACACACAGUGGCCCCCCAUUAACCACCACUCUCCCAGCCUGGUGUGGCUUGCUUGCUCGAUGUCUGACCAGUCCCCAGGUGUAUGACAACCAAGAGCCACUGAGAGAGGAAGACUCUGAUUUCAUCCUGACUGAGGGUGACCUCACAUUGACCUACGGGGACAGCACAGUGACUGCCAAUGGCUCCUCAGGCUCCCACACGGCCUCCAUGAGCCUCGAGGGCAGUCGAAGAACAAAGAGCAGUUCUGAGGAGGUGCUGGAUCGAGACCUGGGAAUGGGAGACCAGAAGGUUUCAAGCCGAGGCACUCGCCUAGUGUUCCCCCUGGAGGAUAAUGCAUGACUUUCCCCCCAAACCCUGAAGCAAUGGGGUAGACCCACCGGUGGUGUGGGGCUGGCUGCAUGCUCCAGUGUUGUUUGAGGUGGGACCAUGACUGAAUGGAAUUAACGCUUCUAUUUUAUUGAGGUCUGAAGAUAUCUUAACAUUUAAAAUUUAACCCAAGAUACAGAUGGUGGAGCUCAAGUGUCUCUAAAUCAAGACAAAUGCAGACCUAUUCCCACUUUUUCACAUAUUAGUGCACUGUUCAGAGUUAAACAAACAAAAACAAUCGCAUGCUUUACUGGUCUCUUAAUACAUUCACCUGCGGUACCUGAAUGAGGUGUGGUAGGUGUUGGGGAUCCCUCCCAGGAGAGGCUUCAUAUCCAUACACAGCAGUGUGAGUCCAGCUGGAUGUAGGAAUAUUACAUGAGGGGAGAACAGGCUAGAAGAAAGAUCAUGAAAGAAGGCAAGUGAGAUUGGACCUCCAGGGAUUAGGGUAAGCUGGUGUUAAAUGGGACAGAAAACAUGAAAAAGCAAUUUGAGUGGAGGCUCUGACAACAAGGGCUGAGUGAUAGCAGCCUCAUCUCAGGAUUCCUGACUUCGUUUGCUACCUGUAUUUUCUCUAGACUGACGAUUGGAAAAUAUAUCUAUCAACAUUUCAACAUGGGGGGAAAGAAUUAUAACUCCUUCUCUGGAAAUCUCCAUAAAGAAGAAGUUACUGAACUGUUUAAAACCAAAGGCAAAACAGUGUGAUACUAUUCUUUUUUAAUUAAUCUGAUGGCAGCAGAAACUGAUGAUGAUAUCACUAUAAAAAUUAGUCAAUUCCUGAGGGCUGCCAUGUGAGCUGACUGCCUGGAAAAUGAUUAACAGGACUGAGAUAUCUUCUGUGGGUUUAGAAACAACACCAAAACUUGUAGAGUGAUUUGAUCUGGGGAAGAGAAGGCAGUAAGAAGCCUAAGAAGCAAUAGGCUAGUAUUCAGAGGGAAGAAAUCUCACUGUGAAAAAAUAACUGCAAAGAAAACACAAGGUAGUAUUCUAAAGACUGAGUAGAAUUCUAAACCAAGCUAAGAAAUGCAUGAGAUUUCAGUGGCCACCCAAAGAAUCAGAGGUGAGUCAGUGGAAAGUUAAGCUUUAUUCAAUCCAGUGGAAGUUUCUGUCUACUAUAAGAUUAAGAACCUGGAUGUCUUGACACUGAGUGCCAUGUAGAAAAGAGUCAUUUUCUUGGUAUCUGGAGAGGCUUGUACUAGUUUAAUGUGUGAGUGUGGUCUGAAAUUUAGGUUUUUAGUUUAGGUUCUUUUGUGGGUGAGCUAUUCUACCUGCCCGCACCUAUAAGUGAAUACUGAGAAAACUCUUGGAAACCAAGUUUGAGAUUCUCCUUGUGCUCUAUGCUUCAGUGCUAUUAUAUUUGAAAACCCGAUUUCUAGAAAAUGCUUUCAUUAAAUAUGGGCAUUUUUCUUGUUACAGCAGAUAAAAUAAUGGACCCAUCUAAUGCACCCAUCAUGAAACAGC